AUGGAUCGUCUGUACCGCACCACUGUCGAGCCGGUGCUCCUGCGAGAGCGCCAGCAGUGCGGCGAAGGGGCAGAGGUGGCAGAUCUUGCGAGCGUGCUCCAUCGUGCGCCGAAGCUGGACUUCCACUGCCACCUUAACGGCAGUGUGUCGGCAUCGCUGCUGGCGCACCUGGAGCGGCUUCUCAUUCACGGCGGUGCCCCGGUGAGCGGGGCGGAUGGGGACAGCGGCAAGGCCGGCGAUGACGAGGCGGGUCACAUCCUCUUCUUCAACUCUCAAGAGAAGCGAAGGCAGAACGUGCUCACAGUGACGCCGGCGGACAGCACCGACAGGGCGGCGGCGGCGACGCCAACUGAGCGGAUGCAUUACUGCUUCACCGUCUUCGAUGCUAUCUACAAGGUCAUGACGAACCUCGCGUUCACCCGACUGGCCGUGCAGGACAUGCUCUUCACCAGCGCCGAGGAGAACAUCAUUGUGAUGGAGAUUCGGACGUCGAUGAGGGACGGGCUACGGCGCACCUUCCGACGCGACGCGGCAGACGAGGAGGUUACGAAGCAGAUGUACGUGGACACGGUCAUUGAAACCGUCGAGCACAUACUCUCCGGUGGUUUGGUCGACUUCUCGACGGGUGAGCUGCUGACCGCCGGGGCAUCGGCGCAGGUGUUGGCGUGGGGUGAGGCCUCUGUGACGCAAAAUGGCGCAGCGGAAGACGAGGCCGGUGAAGAGGCGGCCGCGGCGCAAUGGUGGCAGCUGUACGAGCGCGUCUACUGCAGCCUCCUGCAGCCGCCAUAUGAGUCGUCACGCGUUCAAGAACGCCGCCGGUACUUUCUCGAGCAUAUCUUUAGGAACGUGACGGAGCGCAUGCAUGUGCGCCUGCUGCUCUCCGUCAACCGUGGCGCUACCGCAGCAGCCGCCUGGGAAGCCGCGCAGCUCACCACGAAGACGCAGCAGCGGCAGAUCAUGGAGUUCCACUCGUGGUGCACGGCCCACAUGCGGGUGUGCAACGGCGAGGAGGCGAGGCGCGGCACAGCCGCCAACAAUUCGCCGUCCCCGGGCUCGCCAACCGGCGCGACCACCUCCUCUUGCCUGCAUCGCCGGCUCCGCCAGACGUGCUGGGUCACCGGCAUGGACCUCUCUGGCAACUGCUACAAGGGCAAGUACGCGGAACUGGAGCCGGCACUGGCUGCCGCGCGCAGGGGAGAGGUAGAAGAGCAGGACAGCAGCACCAUACGCGUCACCGCCUCCAUCACGAUUCACGCAGGGGAGAAGCAGGACCCGCAGGAGCUGCACGAAAUGUUGCUGUUCGCGCCAGAGCGCUGGGGCCACCUCGUCUUCACGGACCCCGCGAACUUGUCUGUCAUUCUCGCGGCGCAGCAAGGGAUUGAGCUGUGCCUCACGAGCAAUAUGCUGACGGGAGGCCACUCUCACGUUGUGGACCACCACCUCGGGAACCUCCUGCAGCUUUGGGAGUCCAUGCCAGAGAGCCGUCGGCGCUGUGGCAGCGACGCAGAGGGCGGGAGCGCGUGUCCGUGCUACGCGGCCACAGAGGCGGUCCGUCUUGCCCAUCGGCAGGCACGCGCGAUGCGUCGGUGUGGCCAUCUUACGGCCGUGGUUGAGCCAUCGGGGGUAACGGAUGCUGCCAGCAGCGAUACAGCGAGCACGUAUGUGUUGCCGAGCAUCUCCCUCCACACGGAUGACCGAGGUGUCUUCGGCACUACACUGUCCAAGGAGUUGCUCUUGGCCGCUCAGCACCCCGCCAUCGGACAGCUCUGCAGCCGGCUGACGGCGAACGCGGCGGGUGUGACCAACGGCGAUGCAGCGACAGAGACGCCGUCCACAGCGGCCCUGGCGCACUUCUUCUGGUUGUUUGAGCGUCUGUCCUUGACACAGCUCUUUGAGCUGCCGUUGCCGGUACAGCUGCUCGCAGCCGCCCUCUAUGAGCACUACUCGUGUGCGUCCGAGUCGGUCGCCGCGCAUGAAGGCUGUGUGCUCAACGUGCUACAGGGAGCGGAGGCGGGCGACUGGCGCGACUGGCCGUCGUUCGUGCGUGUGUGCAACAGCGUUGCUGCCUCACCGGUAGAGGCAACGGCGACACCGCUGCCAGCGCGGCUCAGUCGGUGGGAAUGGGCGUGGCUUACCAAGUGCUUUGACUGCUACUACGACUAG